UGGCGGGACUGGGGACUCUGGAGUCACUAGGACCUGGGCGGGGCGACUCUGUGGGCGGAUCCGGGGACGAGCUAGCUCGGUGGAGGGUGUGGUUCUGGGCCGGCCUGCCUCCGGGGCUGCCCCUUGCCCGGUGUUAGGGUCUGGACGGUUCGUGAAGAGCCUGCGGGCCACGGCGGUUUACUAGCAGCCGACGAGCUUGCCUGUUUAUCCAGCAGACUUGGAAUUAGGCUUCUCAGGAUGUCCAGCAAAGAACCCCAUGGGAAAAAAGAGACAUCUCAGAGGAAAGACACCACCACCUCAUCACACAAUUUUGAUGAAAAAGACAAGAAAGAGAGAGAAACCUCAUCAAGUUCUACUCGUUCAUCUUCUAUAAGAUCAGGUUCAUCAGAAAAGAGAAAACUGAGAUCAGAUCAUGCAGAUACUUUGUACUGUAAUAUGAAAAGAAGACAAGAACUGAAAAGAUUGAAUAUAAAAAUUGACAUUCUCAGAAAGAGACCAAAAAUCAGUUCUUCAUCCCAAGGACCUAUUAAACUCCAAGAAGCAUCAUAUUCAAAUGAUAAUCAAAUUAUUUCACAGGGUCCUUCUUCAAAUGGAACUAAAAAGGACAUACGUAAAUGUGUAGAUUUUAAACCUAAAGAUAUCAAAUUAACAAAUGCUAGGAGCAAGUUUGACCCUGAAAUUAAAAGCCUUAGUAGUCCUCAGAUUGCCAGUGAUGUGAAACCCAAAGCUGAAGGCCAGGCAAGUGAAAAUAAGUGGUCUCAUUUACUUAUUCAGAGAGAGAAGAUGAAAGAACUCAGGAAAGAAACUGACAAUAAAUUUAGAGGAAAUUCUGAAAAAUGUGUCUUAGAGAAAUGGAAGAGAAACCAAUUUUCUCAGGAUUAUAAUUCCAACAAGAUGAUUAAGGAACCCUUGGAAUCUAGAAGACGGAAGAUCAGUUUCAAAAUCCCUAUAAAAUCCCGUGACACCCUCCAGAAACUUGUAGAAGAAAAUGUCUUCAGUUUAGAUUCUAACAAGUCGAAGACUAAGCAGGAAGAAAAACAAUACCUGGAAAGCUCCCAGGUUUCAUCAACUGUGACUAGGCAGAAAACUGAACAAUUACUUUCAGAUUCCACAUAUAAGGAGACUGUUCAUGAGUGGAAACGAAAACAUCAUUAUGACCAUCAAAAAAGUAAUGAUUCAUGUUCUAGUGAAAACCUAAUCCAGAGUUUUGAAGCACCAUGUUCUUCAGUGUCAACUGAAACUAUCCAGGAUACAGAUCAAGAGAUGCAGAUAGUAGAAGAGCUUCAUGCUGCACGUGUGGGAAAAAGUGUGGAUUUACCUGGAGAGUUAAUGAGUAUGGAAAUUGACUUGGUGGAAGAUGACGUACAUUCUUCCUCUGCAAAUAAUACUUCAGACAGAAAGCUCCUAAUUGUUAUUGAUACGAAUAUUCUGAUGAAUCAUCUCAAAUUUGUUAGAAUGUUGAAGACAACAGAAACACCAGGUUUUGACAAACUUGUGUUAAUAAUUCCCUGGGUUGUUAUGCAAGAGCUAGAUCGUAUGAAGGAAGGAAAACUACUAAAACACGCUCAGCACAAAGCUAUACCUGCAAUUCAUUUCAUCCAUGACAGUCUCAAAAAUCAAGAUAGAAAGCUAUGGGGUCAAUCAAUACAACUUGCAUCCCAGAAACAUUAUGGAUUGAGUGAUGAGAACAAUGAUGAUCGAGUACUAAAAUGCUGUCUUCAGCAUCAGGAAUUAUUCCCUUGUUCCUUUGUUAUUCUGUGCACGGAUGAUAGAAACUUAAGAAACAAAGGCCUAGUAAGUGGUGUGAAGUCACUCAGUAAAGAAGAAUUGAGUGCAGAGUUAUUACGCUUAUCUCUGAACACAGAUGUGUGUCAUCAGCCUGGUAUUUCUAAGGAACAGUUGAAAGCAGAAACAACAUCCUUGAAAGAGAGUUUUAAAGAAGAAUCUACAAAUUCUGGACUGUCCAUUCUACUUGAGAGCAUUGUAUCUGAUCUUGAAAAAUCUCUUGGAACAGGUUUAUCUACAAUAUUAGAAACAGAAAUGAAAAUUGCUUUUGGAAAUCUCUGGAUGGAGAUCCUGUACCUGAAACCACCGUGGACUCUACUACAUUUACUACAGUGCUUUAAAAAACAUUGGUUGGCUGUAUUUGGAUUAUUUAUGGAAAAUAACAUGCUUUUAACUAUUGAGAACCUAUACAAAAAUCUCCGUAAAGCUAAUAAUGCAGUGGAUUUUACAACAGUGAAAUUUUUGCUUCAGGAUUCUAGAAGUUUGUUACAUGCUUUCAGUAUAAGGUCAGAUUAUGAUGGUAUUCUUCCACAGGCCUUUGCUCAAGUAAACAAACUGCUUCAGACCUUUGCAGAGGUCAAGACAAAACUUAAGCGAAAUUCUUCAGAAAACACAGUGACUAAAAAGCAGGAAGGCACUUCACUGAUGAAGUCUCGUAAUCAAGAAAUCAUGGUUUUCUCAGGUUCUCAUCUUCCCCAACCCCACAGGCAUCAAGAAAUCUGGUCUAUCCUAGAGAGUGUUUGGAUUACAAUAUAUCAGAACAGCACGGAUGUAUUUCAGAGAUUGGGCUCAAAUUCAGCUCCGACUGCUUCAAAUAUAGCAUCAUUUGAGGAAGCGUUUAUAUAUCUUCAAAAGUUAAUUGCAGCUGUGAAGGAUAUUCUUGAAGGAAUUCAAAGGAUUUUGGCCCCAAAUAGUAAUUAUCAAGAUGUUGAGACCCUCUAUAACUUCCUAAUCAAGCAUGAGGUAAAUAAAAGUGUCAAAUUUACUGCCCAGGAACUUUAUGAUUGUGUUUCUCAGAAUGAGUAUAGAGAAAAAUUAACCAUUGGAUGCCGCCAGUUGGUUGAGAUGGAAUAUACCAUGCAGCAGUGCAAUGCAUCUGUUUAUAUGGAAGCCAAAAACCGGGGAUGGUGUGAAGACAUGCUCAACUAUAGGACAUAAGUACUGAUUCAUAACUUUAAAGGACUUGCAUUUGCCCUUAAGAAUAACAGAGUACCUUUCAAUCUGGUCACCCUUUUAGCCCGAACUUGAGAAUUUUAAGAAAUGUUUUGUGGGUACCAAAAGGUGAUUGCCUAUUACUGACAAUCUCAUUGAAGCUCUAAAAAGCCUAUUGGGUCCAUUAUAAAAUAAAUUCCAUGGACUCUGUUUUUCUGGAGUUCACAAUGCCUCCCUACCUCUACUCUUGAUAGUGAGCCAGUAUCUCUAAGGAAAGGAGAGCCAUAUAUUCAGUCAUCCUAAGGCAGGAGCCACUGUGGAUCUGAGGAAGACCCAGGGGACAGUAUUAGCAUUUCUCUCAACCCUAGGUAUGGGCAUGUGACCAGAGAUACUGCCAAAACCUAAGAAAUCAUUAGAACAUGGUGAUCAUGCUCACCAUAUUCCGCAAAUGAAAUCUUAUUGUGAGCUGUUUCUAUGAUCAAACUGUCAUCCAUGUUGAGUUGGUGAAAAUAAUACCCUCCUUCACCUCACUCAAGGUAAUGAAAGUAGAAAUUGGACUUAAGCUCCUACUUCCUUAUACAGCCUCUUUCCUUCUGCGGGCUUGUCCCUUUUCAGUGCAUUUCUAGUGUGGAAGCGCAGGGAGACCUCUCUGCUGAGUUUCUCCUUAAAUGUGAAGCAUAAUGGAUUUAUAUAACAGAAUUCGGUGGCAGUAACUGAUAUUUGCCCCUAGCUAAAACCAACUGUUUAGUUGACUUUUUAGUUAUACAGUAAGUUGGAAAUCCUUGUUUACUGGAAUGUAUUAUGCUUUUGUUAACACAUUAGAUUAAAUCCAAUUUGGUAUUCUAUUAUAAAUGCUUAUUUUUAAGACAAUAAAUAACUUAUUUUUGUUAAGAUUUGACUUUUAAUUUUACUUCCAAGUUGUUUCUGAUAUGUAUAUGAGGUAUGAUUAUAAAAGUGACUAUCUCCAAUAAAAGAGUGUUCAGGA